AUGGAAACCAUAUCCAAGCGAUUUGAAGAGCUUGAUAUUUGUGGCAAAGUUACUUCGAAGAGUAAACUUCGAGAAAUUUCUUACCUUGAUCUAAACUCUAUAUGUGCUCAUCCAAAAAAGGUGAAAACAAAAAGUUCUCAAAAGAGACCGAUGACCAAGCAACAAAGAUCUACAAAGUGUGAUCUGUCCUACUGGGAGUAUGUUAAUGCAUUACAUUCUGCGCAGAAUGGUAAUUCUUCAGGAAAACGUAGUGCAUCAUCAUCUGAGCAACCAAUUCAAAGAAAGGCCAUGCCGAUGUUGGAUCAAUUUCAUCCAUGCAUUCAUGAUUCCAUUGUAAACAUUGUUAAUGUCAAAGUUGAUGAUAAAUGUGGAUAUCGUGCAAUUGCUGCCCUAUUAGGUAUGUGUGAAGAUUCAUGGUCAUUGGUGCGCAACCAUUUGCUUAAAGAACUUACAAAAUGGUCUGAUGAGUAUAUGAACUUAGUUGGUGGCAUAGACCGAUUUGAAGAAUUAAAACGGUCCCUACUUGUUGAUGGAUUAUCCAUGGUAUAA